AAUAGCACUCAAGCCCAGUGGCGUAGAUUCAGUCAGAGUGCUAGUUCCAGACCACAAAGAUGUCCGCUCCGUUUGAUCUUGAACUCGGUCCACCGAGUGCCGAACUGCUGGAGGUUGCCCGCCAGGAGCUGCGAGAAACUCCGGAAGUUCGUGCCGCAGCCAUCGAAGAGCUACGAAAGCUGCUGCACGCCACAAGUGAUUUGAAUUUCCCCGAUGAUGACGAGUUCCUGCUGUUCUAUCUGAGGCCUAGUCACUUUUACGUGGAAAGUGCUCUUAAAUUGAUGCGCAAUGUGGCUGAGUUCCAGAAAAGCUACCACGACCUGUUGCAUAACCUGAUGCCGGCAGACCUGAAGAAUGAGAUCACCAACUAUAACCUGGUGACGGUGUUAACAAACCGUGACCAGAAGGGUCGCCGAAUGGUCGUCGUUCGAAUGGGUGACGUUUGGGACCCGAAGGCCGUUCACGAGGACAAAAUCUUCGGAAUUCUGUACACGAUCCACAAGUUGGCCAUCAUGGAACCGGCUACGCAGAUCAACGGAAUUGUGGUCAUUUACGACUUUGCGGGGCUUGGCAUGAAGCAGGUCAAGGGCAUGUCACCUAGCGGUACCAAGCGGCUGUUGGCCUUCAUUCAAGAGGCUGCUCCCGUGAGAAUGAAGGCAGUCCACUUUGUCAAUGAACCAAUGCUGUUCAAUAUGGUGUGGGCAUUGAUGAAGCCCUUCGUCAAGGAAAAGCUGAAGAAUAGGAUGUACUUCCACGGUGAGGAUAGGAAGAAACUGCAUAAGCACAUCGAUGCCGAUUGUCUACCACCAAGCUACGGUGGAACUCUGUCGGAACUGACCUAUGGAUCCAAGGAAUGGUAUCCCGCGAUGGAAAAGUACAACGAUGCUAUCAAGAAGUUCAACUCAGCUGGAUUUAAGUGAAAUCAUGACAAUGUAGAUUAAUAAAUCAUUAUAC